AUGGAUGGCUUUCGGCCUUACUGUCGUAGCAAACCGACGUUGUUGACGCCUCAGUGGCGUCGCGGUGCCUCUCAUAUCCCGCGAACAAGCAGUCGGUUCAAACAUUCUCUUGAACAAAACUCUAAUAAUACCCUCCUUAGCCUGUUAACAGACAGAGAAAAGUCCAAAAGGAGAUUGCUUAGUCUGCAAGAAAUUCUGGACACAAUUCAACAAGUCUGGGUUGAAGAAACAAAUAGCAGAUCAGUGAAUAGAAAAAUGGAAGAAAAACUUAGCCCAAAACCAAAUUCUAUACCAUCACCGGUUUUUCUACGAAGAAGAUUGAGUGCUCCCGAAACUAUAAUGAGAAAGUAA